CCUUUUCUAUGAAUUUCCAGAUUUACAGCAGAUGAGGCACGAGAUUUGAUCCAGCGCUACCUGACAGAGCAUCCAGAUCCCAACAAUGAGAACAUUGUAGGCUACAAUAACAAGAAAUGCUGGCCCCGGGAUGCUCGGAUGCGCCUCAUGAAGCACGAUGUGAACCUUGGCCGUGCUGUGUUCUGGGAUAUCAAGAACCGCUUGCCCCGCUCAGUCACCACAGUGCAGUGGGAGAACAGCUUUGUGUCUGUGUACAGCAAAGACAACCCCAACUUGCUGUUCAACAUGUGCGGGUUUGAAUGCCGCAUCCUGCCCAAGUGCCGCACCAGCUAUGAGGAGUUCACUCACAAGGAUGGGGUCUGGAACCUGCAGAAUGAG